AUGGACUCGAGUGAGGUAUUAAACUUUGUGAUUAUUGUUAGUAGCAUAUCCAUGCAACCAAGUAAAGGGAUAAUUGCAUGUUUACUUUUCAGCCUGGCCAUAUAAACUGUUUAAUCCUAUCUAUAAAUCCCAUAAAAUCCUAUAAAUCUAAUCGGCUAACAUGCCUGGCCAUAUUUAUUACACUGUUUUAUUGUGUCAACAGAUGAUGAUUAAUGUCUCAAUCAAUUCCAUGGGUGCCCAACACCCCCCCGGGCGUUUGUCGGGCUUUUGUCAUUUUGGCGAAAAAACGUUGCAAAUGCCCCAGUAUGGGGUCCAAAUAAUGCAACAAAAUCCCCACCCUUGGGGACUUAUAUUGACGCAAAUGCCCCACCCUUGGGGGACAAAAUAUAAGUUUUCUGAGGAUUUCUGAUCCAAAAAAUCAAAUCCAAGCUCUAUCACGUAUCAAUUUAUCUGUAUUUAAAAUCGAUUCUAUAGGCAUUUCGUUUUAAAACGUUUUUAAUUAAAAUAUUGAAGUCUCAAAACUUUAUAUAGCAAUAUCAAACUGCAGAAGUAAGUCAAUGUAUCAACAGGAUGGACAAGAAAAAAGUCUUGUGUUAUUCCGCCAUGAUUAAUUUGCGAUACGCACGCUGGUGUAAACAUGCGUACUAAAGUACGGCUAAAUGGCGAAACAAGCGAUAAAUAUUCGACUUUUUAGCCUCGAGUAAAUUCCCCACCCCGGGGCUAACCUGCAGAAAGCAAAUGCCCGACCCUGGGAACAAGUACAGUUGAGAAUGCCCGGGGGGGUGUUGGGCACCCAUGGAAUUGAUUGAGACAUAAGUUAAUAAUUAGCCUUUCUCACGCCGCCAUUUUUGGGUGGCUUUUCGGCCAAAGUCUGCGAGAUAAGUCCACAUAACAGCGAUUUUUUAUAAUUUUUUGGACAAAUGAUGGUAAAUUUGCUUUGUAAAUGGUUAGUUUAUUUUGAAAAAUUGAUUUUCACAUUGUUUUAAUUGUCUGCAUUGGUUAAUGAGAAUUAGAUGCCACCCAAAAAUGGCGGAUAUUCGUCAUUGUGCGAAAGGCUAAUUAACAUAUAGCAUACAAUAUUUUGAUCUCAGUUUUAGUGCAAAGUAAUUCAGUUUGCAUCACCUAAUUAACAUGGUCAACAUUUUUAAUGAGGUCAACAUUGUUAACAAUGCCAAUAAAAUACAGGGUCAUAUUAACGAGGGCAUCACCAUGUUAACGAGGUUAUUAAUUACCCUAUCCUAAUUUCUCUACCCACUAAAACGUAGGUUGACGAUAUCAAACAUGCUGCUCAAAAACUGCUAAGCGAAGGCAACUACUUACAAUCACUGGAAGAAUUCUCCACGAUCCUUGUUAACCAUCCUAAUGACCAAGAGGCUCUAGAAGGAAGACUUUCUGCUUGUCUCGAGCUUAAACUGUUUCACAGAUGCCUAAAAGAUAUUGAAACAUUGAUUCAAAUAAAUCCUUGUGACACAAAGGUAAAGUAUACAUUUUUUCAGGCAAGCAAAAAAUGUUUGAAAUUAAUAAAUUAUUAAUGAUAGUUUUGGCAAUGGUAGUCAAACAGGUUGAUAGGUCAGCAUUUAGGUUGGCAUUGCCGAAUGCCGACCUCGCCAAUUUCGAGGGCUGAUUACUAUCAUAUUGCAUGAUUGCACCCUACUUUUUUAUUUUGCCCUGUCUAAUGCCAGACAGUUUUAAUCGUUAAUGGGAGAGAACGCUCAUUGGGUUAAUUUAUGUUGAUUGCAUUAAUUUUGUCUACCAAUGAUUAAACUGACUAACUCAUUGGCAAUUAGGGACCGGUCAUAAAGUAGAGGGGGGGGGGGCUAUGAAAAAUUGGGGGUGGGUCACUAUUUUUCAACACGUCGAAAAGGGUGGGUCAGGAAAAUUUAUGCACUGCAUUAGGGGUGAGUCAGGUAAAAUUAUUCACGUCUCACAAUUUAAUAAAUAGCAAAUAAAAACUUUUGCGAAAUCUCUUUAACCUAUUAACUUUAUAUAUUAAACAACAAGAAUUCACAUUUGUAUACAGUACAUUGGGAAGUGUUCUAGCUACCGUAGUCUACUCAAUGUACUGUCAUGCAUUAUGUUUGGACAUAGUUGAAUUAUGUUCAAGAGUCGGUCGGCGUGUUACAACAUUUCAAUCUCAGAGAUUUUUCGGGGAUUCUGACUAAACUAGUAAAGAAUCGUGGUAAGCCAAUGCUGCCAACGUACGCGCACCUAUCUACAUUACCGUACAGUACAUUAUCUACAUGACGGGGGUGGGGGUCACUAAGAUUUCUGCUCUAAUCUAGGGGUGGGCCACCUCAAUUUAUUGUCACAGUUUGGGGGUGGGUCACUGUAAACCAGUCUUUAAAAAAUCAAUUUUCAUAGCCCACUUCUACUUUAUGACCGGUCCCUUAGGUUGCAAUUUGAAGUCACCUGAAGUACAGGACAAGUUUAAUGUACAAAUUUUUAGAAGCUCCCCAUAAAAAUUUCAAGAUGGCAGCCGACAAAUGGAAAAAGUUUAGCAGCCAUUAAGCUGGGCUGAAACCAUGAACUUAUAGCUUGAUUUGUGUUGUUUUUCUUAAUCAAACAGGUCCAUAAUUUGGCUGGACAAAUUUAUGAACAAAUUGGUGCAUAUAAGAAGAGCAUUUGUGCUUAUCUUAAAGCGUACUUAUACGAACAACAAACAGACUAUCGCCUUGAAACAGUACAGAAAAUAAGCCAGUUAUGUUCUAAACUUUUGGGGGAAACACACGCCGAAAUACCAGGUAAAAACGUUAGAAUUUAUAAGCCCAUUUUUAAGUGAUAUUUUUGGGUAGAUUUCAAACCAUUUUUAUCCACAAUUUACGUGAUUUAAAACAAGUGAACCUUAAAUCCUUCUUCUAGUAUUCUAUAUAAAAUUUUAUAUAGAUUUCAAACCAUUUCAGCAAGUGUUAUUUCAACCUACCUGCAUAAAAGUUUAAAUUUGCCUCCAUUAUUGAAAUUUAAAUACCUUCACAUGAUUCGUUCCAGUCCCUCGAGGAAAAUGGCCGAGCAGCCUCGCGCCAUAUAAACCAGGGUAAACGCAUACGAGGUUUUUCUAACUUUUGGUAACGCCAAAUUAAACUAAAGCUAUUAAUAUAUUGGUCCAGUAUUAGUACAAGAUGAAACUGGACUACCCCAAAAAAAUCCGCUUGUGUUCAGCGACUGGCCAGUGAAAUCUUUUUAUGGCUUUCUUUUUAGGAAAAAGUAUUGACGGUUUCGAAAGCCUUGUCGUGCUUUCUCAAAAGUUAGCAGAACAAGAAAAAUUCCAAGUCUGUCUUGAAAUUAUAGUUACUGCAAUAGAGAGCCAUUGCUUGGACGAGUUUGCGUUAAAAGCUUUCAAGAGUGAGCUAAACAUUUGCUCAAAAAAGGAUAACAUUAUAAGGGAAAAUAUCUCAAAAAAAAUACCAGAAAUAGUAAUUUGUACUGUUGGAGAUAGCAGAAAUAUGGAAAAUGCUUUUGAGCAGCUUACAGAACGCGAAAAUACCGAGAGAAUUUCGAAAUCUGAAACUGAACUGGUCACGAGCUCAAAAACACUACAAGACAAAGUGAACGAGAAAAGCUCUGUCCUGAAUGCUUCGCAUUCAUCUCAUAGCGCUUCGCAAGCCUCGCACGAAGUGGAAAAUUCGGAAAGUACUUUCGACCAUGCUGAACAUUCCGACAGUUCAACAAAACCACCAACCCAACUGACAUUUCUAUCGAACACCGACCCACAAACUAUUAACAACAUGCUUUUACAAGCAUCCAAAUGCUGCUACAAACUUCGACAGCUAAAAACAUCGCUAUGGUUCGCAGACAAGUUCUUACAAAACUCUCAAACGUCUGAGGAUAUUGUCGCCAUACUAAAAUCGUACAGCCAACUUGGGUUUUUGCAUACUAAAUACGGUGACUACAAUUUUGGGGUUUUGUGUUACACCAAAGUGCGGUCAAAAUGCCGGGAGCGUUUGGCGGCUAAUUACGCGCUGGGAAAAGCGGAUAUGGAGAUUUCAGCAAUUGAACAAGAAACUAUUUUGAAGCUGUGUUUGCUGUGUAAGGGUUUGGGGCUUUAUGAAGAGGCCGAAGAGUUUUUGAAAGAGUUCUUUUCGAAAGUCGAUGUAGUCGAGCAAGACAGUUUAGUGACAGCGUAUGGCGUUUUGGGCGAGACAGAGUUAGCCCAAGGACGAUACGACGAGGCGAUAAGAAGUUUUAAAACUCAGUUAGCGUUGUGUCUUAAAUACAACGAUCAAAAAGGCCUCGUCUUAGUGUACAGCAACCUCGGCAAAGCUUACCAAGCCUCUGGAAAGAGCAUAUUGCCUAUGGAAUGGUUUCAAUUAAGUCUUCACACAGCCAAUACGGUGAACGAUUCUCUCUGCUCGGCAAUCGCAUAUGGCAGCGUCGGUGAGAGCUUGCUAUUUCAAAACAAUCCUCAACAGGCCUUACCAUAUUUUGAAAAACAACUAGAUCUUAGCACUGCUAUCGACGAACAGGCAGUCCGAGUUCAAGCGCUAUUUUCCUUAGGGAAAACGUACCAAGACUUAGGACUGUUCCAACACGCUGAAUUUUUUCUCACACGAGCUCUACUCGAAGCCAAAGAUGUGAGAAUGCAUCUAGAAGAGAAAAUUAAAGAAAGUUCAGUUCAAGUUUUGCUAACUUUGGGCAAAUAUAACGAGGGGUUCAAGUUCUUGUAUGAAAUGCGUGAUCGUUUGGAGUCGAAGUUUCACAGAGUGAGUCGAUAUAAGAUCGUUACAUCCCAUCCACUGCUGGAUAAACUUAACACAUGUGUUGAUCAGAUCUUGGAACGGCUAGCUGAGGAAGGACGUUUCGAUGAAGCUUUUCAAUCAGCGGAGAGAAGCAACUCUAUUCUACUCAACCAAAUGUUAUCCUACAAAGCGUAUGUUCAAGGCUCAGAUAUGGUUUCCACUAACAAGAGCAUGAAUCUCACCGAAUUAUACCAGGUUGUCAAUGAUGCCAAUAAGGUUGUGUUGUAUUACAGAGUUGUACGGAAUGGUUUUAUGGUAUGGAUUAUUGCACCAGCGAAUGGUAUGGUACAUUUCCACUGGUGCAAAGCGCCAAUUAGUUCGCCGUUUAAAGAAAUGAUACAAGACCUUAUGAAUGGUCUACUCCAAUCCAGUGACCCACUUGCGAGUUACACUUGUGAUCACAGGAAAGUGACUAACGAUCCACAAACAACCCAAGAUACCCCUCAAGGUUUGACUUCAAGAUCUAGAUAUACCCCUCAAGGCUCGAUUUCAAGGUCCAAAAAUACCCCUCAAAGUACUUUAAUAUCCAAAAAUACUACUAAAAGUACUUCAAAAUCCAAAGAUACCCCUCAACGUCCAACUUCUCCGAAGGAUUGUCUCCAAGAGCUUUCUGAACUGUUCAUUUUCCCGAUUGAAGAAGAAUUAAUUAACAUGCCAGACUUAAGUAGCCAUGAUCUAGUCAUCAUAAACAGUUCAUUCCUGAGUAUGAUUCCAUUUACGGACCUUCACACCUCAACUGGUAACACUUUAGCAGAUCUUGCAAAUUCACUUCAACUUCUACCGUGUAUUUCUGUUCUCAAAAACGUAGAACAGAACAACGAGGAUUCUCCGAAAGGGAUAAGCAUUAUCGGAAAUCCUGAAAUAAAAUUCCCGGAAAUGCUAGCAGGAUUUCACAGUCAUGUGCAACCAGAUUUCUUGGAAAGAGAGAUCAACGACGUUGCCAUUCUGUUAGGAACGGUACCGGACGUCGGUGCGUUCGCAACUAAGGAACAUUUUUUCAGUGAAUUUAGUUCCUGUAGUCUUAUGCAUUUGUCCACCUAUGGGUCUCAUGAGCAAGGGACUAUUACCCUGGCACCAAUCGCCGAUAUUGAUCCGCGUGUAGUCGCGAGUGGAGUCGCACGGGAUCC